AGGGCCGAGCAACAGCGCCCAGGCCCGGAGCUGAGGCCCGACCCCGGCCGCGCGGGAGCCUGGCAUGGGAGGUUUCCGACCAAAGCCCGCGGGCGCCGACGCCCGCGGUGAGACUCGCCCCCGGUCAGCCAGUCGCCCGCAAAGGCCUGAAGUUGGACCGAGGCUCGGGUGGCAGCGUGCCCGCCUUGAGCGGGCAGAUCCGAGGAUCUGAAGGCCUGUACAUGGUGAAUGGACCCCCGCAUUUUACAGAAAGUACAGUGUUUCCAAGGGAACCUGGAAAAAACUGCAGAGUCUAUGCCUUUAGUAAGGAUGGGUCCUUGUUUGCCUGGGCCAGUGGAGAAAAAGUCAGUGUCAUUGAUGUCACUAACAACGCACCGCUGCACUCCCUUCACCUCCCAAAGGCAGUCUGCCUUGAAUUCUCACCGCAGAACACCGUCCUGGCCACCUGGCAGCCCUACACUACUUCCAAAGAUGGCUCAGCCGGAACACCCAACCUGCAACUUUAUGAUGUGAAAACUGGAGCGUGUUUGAAGUCCUUCAUACAGAAAAAAAUGCAGAAUUGGUGUCCAUCCUGGUCAGAUGAUGAAAUUAUUUGUGCACGAAAUGUUAACAAUGAAGUACACUUCUUUGAAAACAACAAUUUUAACACAAUUGCAAACAAGUUGCAUCUGCAGAAAGUUAAUGAUUUUGUCUUGUCACCUGGACCCCACCCCUACAAGGUAGCUGUCUGUGUUCCGGGAAGUAAAGGAGCACCUUCGUUUGUGAGAUUGUAUCAGUACCCCAACUUCACUGGACCUCACGCAGCACUGGCCAAUAAAAGUUUCUUUAAAGCUGAUAAGGUUACAAUGCUGUGGAAUAAGAAAGCUACUGCCGUGUUGGUGAUAGCUAGCACAGAGGUGGACAAGACAGGAGCUUCUUACUACGGAGAGCAGACACUGCACUACAUCGCCACCAACGGAGAAAGCGCUGUCGUGCAGUUACCAAAAAAUGGCCCAAUUUAUGAUGUAGUUUGGAAUUCUAGUUCCACUGAGUUUUGUGCUGUGUAUGGUUUCAUGCCUGCCAAAGCCACCAUUUUCAACUUGAAGUGUGACCCUGUGUUUGACUUUGGAACCGGUCCUCGCAACGCAGCCUGCUAUAGUCCUCACGGGCACAUACUGGUCCUGGCCGGAUUCGGAAACCUGCGGGGACAGAUGGAAGUGUGGGAUGUGAAAAACUACAGACUGAUUUCUAAGCCAGUGGCUUCUGAUUCCACGUAUUUUGCUUGGUGUCCAGAUGGUGAGCACAUUUUAACAGCCACAUGUGCUCCUAGGCUACGUGUUAAUAACGGGUAUAAGAUCUGGCAUUAUACCGGCUCUGUCUUAUACAAGCAUGAGGUGCCGUCAAAUGGAGAGUUAUGGCAGGUUUCUUGGCAGCCGUUUUUGGAUGGCGUAUUUCCAGCAAAAGCAAUCACUUACCAAGCAGUUCCAAGUGAAGUCCCCAGUGGAGAACCCAAAGUUGCCACCGCGUAUAGACCCCCAGCCUUAAGAAAUAAACCCGUCACCAAUUCCAAACUACAUGAAGAGGAACCACCCCAGAACAUGAAACCACACCCAGGAAGUGAUAAACCACUGUCAAAAACAGCCCUGAAAAACCAGAGGAAGCAUGAGGCCAAGAAAGCUGCAAAGCAGGUAUUUAUAUAA